AUGGGUUACGUCUGCCUCGAAAGCAAACUUACCCAGAGGAUGGAGCUGUUCGUCGAAAGCGACGACGAUGAGGAGCUUCUCUUUAAUAUCCCGUUUACGGGCAACGUGAAGCUAAAAGGAGUAAUUGUGAUGGGAGAAGAUGACGGUACGCAUCCAGCAGAGAUGCGACUGUUCAAGAACAUUCCUCACAUGUCCUUUGAUGACGCAGCCAGGGAACCCGACCAGACCUUCAGCCUGAACCGGGAUCCGGCGGGCGAGCUGGAGUACCCCACCAAAAUUGCCCGUUUCUCCAAUGUUUGCCACCUCUCCAUCCACUUUCCGAAGAACUUUGGAGCGGAGACAACGAAGAUUUUUUAUAUAGGCCUGAAAGGAGAGUGGACGGAGGCUCAUCGCCACGAAGUCACCAUCUGCAAUUAUGAAGCGUCGGCAAACCCAGCUGAUCACAAGUUGGAACAAAUCACCCCACAGACUCACUUCAUCUCCUAACAGCGCUGUCGGGAAUCUCCCGAAGGCUCUGGUACAAGUGUACGGACGUGAUGGGCUGACUCGGACGGAGGUGGCUUCCUGAAGCACCGGAGGCCGUUGGAUCGGGUUUGCGUUCCGGUCCUUGCCUUGGGAAGCAGAGGGCCGAGCGUGUGCCGGUGCCCGUAGGGAGGCGGCCGCCCAGGGCAGCGGCCU